CUAUCGAUGGCCCGUUCCCUACUUUUACUUGGAUGUCCACGUAACCGCGUACGUAUUAUGCGCGCCUCUGUUGCCCCCAAAAAAUUGAGAAGGAAAACUUCAUAGAAAUGGCGGAGGGUGCAACAUCUCUGAAGGGUUUGCGAGCUCAAAUGGCUGCAGCUGCGCAGGCACAGGCAGAGGAGCGGCGCAGCCUAGCAGGGAACAGCCCAGGGCCAGCAGCAGCAGCUAACACGCCAUCCCCAGCAGCAGUAGCAGCAGCUAACACGCCAUCCCCAGCAGCAGCAGCAAAGUCUCCCCGACCAGUCAUUGAUGGUGCUGCACUAAGGAUAGACGAGCGUCUUCGAGUGGCGAAAGAGAGACGAGAGGAGGCCGAUAGGCAGCAAGCUACGAAGGAAACUCAGAUCCUGGAGCGGGAGCGUAAGGCCAAGAUGCAGGUGGAGCGUCAGAUGGAAGAGCGCCAGAAGAAGCUGGACGAGCAGCGUAGGAAGGAGGAGCAGAGACGCUCAGCCGUGGAGGGGAAGAGGAAGCUAAAACAGGAGGAGGAGAAGGAGCACUAUGAGGCGGUGAUGCGGCGGACCCUGGAGCGCAGCCAGAGAGUGGAGCAGAAGCAGAAGAGGUGGUCCUGGGGGGGGCUUUCAGAGUCAGACAACCGACCUGGAGACCCUGACGCAGGCGCCUCCUCUCCAGUAGCUAUAGUUAUCUCCCCCGCGUCUCCAGAAAAGCCCCCCAGGACACAAGCUGACAAGCGCUCUACCUCCACCAUGAACCUGAAACAGCCGGCCGAUUCUGGCAUCAACAAGCGCCUGUCCUCCUCCGCCACGCUCAUCAAAUCACCUGACAAAAGUGCUCGUGUGAGGAGUUCGUCACUGAACCGGUUGCCUAGAAACAACAAAGUCGACCUAGACACUCAGCCCACUAAGGAAGGCAUAAAAAAGCUUCAUGUGGAACAGACAGGCCCCUCCCUGAAGAAGAGAAGCUCCUCCCUGACACGAGCUGGGGGGGGCAGAACGCCGACCCCCUCCAAGCUCGAUAAGGGGACGUCAGACGACCAAGCUCGCAAGCCCCUGGUGAGCCCCAUGGAUGGAGGGUUCCUCAGUCGCCUUCUCAUCCCCACCCAGGCCUCAAUAGCUAGGAGCAAGAGCGCCGCAGCCCUGUCCGAAGGAGGCGAAGUCCCAGAGUGUCACCUGUGUCCUCGUUCAGCCUCGCCCAGCCCCCUGCACCUGAUGCAGCGAGGACCCGUGCGCAGCCGCAGCAUCGACCGGCAGAAGAGCACCACCCUGCCCACCUCGGCCUCGGCAGACCAACUGAACCCCUCACUGAAGGAGAAACGGUUCUUGUCGCCCGGAGGGAAGCGCCCCGCCUCGCCCUCCAACAUCGCAGGACGCCACCGCUCGCCCUCCCCUGCCACCCUCCCCGCCAGCAAAAGAACCCCCUCCCCCAGUGCAGCAAAGCAAAGCCCCCGUAACCGUCCCCCGUCACCCGGAGGUACCAAACAUCGCCCCCCGUCCCCUCAACCCAGCUCGGCCAAGCCCCCAUCCCCUCAGCCCAGCUCGGCCAAGCCACCACCCAUCCAGAGACCGGCCCUCACCCCGACCGGCCCCCCCACCCUGCGGAAGAAAGACUCCAAGCCAAAGGACCUGUGUCCCAUCCAGGCUGUGGCCCCCCAGUCCCCAGAGCCCCCCCAGACCAGCUCAACACCGACUCCUGCUCCCACAUCCUCCACUAAGACCAAAGACAAGGACGAGAAGUCCAUGGCGGGCACCAACUCUGCAGCCGAGGCCGCCAUGAUCCUUGCCGAGAACCGCCGUGUGGCUCGGGAGAAGAAGGAGAGAGAAGAGGCACUCCGAGUACUGAGAGAGGAGGAGGAGAAGCUGAGGAAGGAGGAGGAGAAACGCUUGGCAGAGGAGGCACGAUUGAAAUGCCUAGAGGAGGAGAGGAGGCUGGCGGAGGAGAAGAAGAAAAAGGAGGAGGAGGACGCUCUCUUGGCCGAGGCAGACCGAGAGAGACUGGAGGCUGAGGAGGCCGGGAGACAGGCUGAGCUACAGAAAGAGCGUGAAGAGGCGGAGGCUCAGGCUGCAAUUGAUGCAGAGAAGGUCCGCAUUGAGAGGGAGAGGGUAAUGGCCCAGAACCAUAAGGAACGCAUGGAGAGGAAGAAGAGAAUUGAGGAGAUCAUGAAGAGAACCAGAAAAGGGGAUCAAGAAAAGGGAGGAGAUGAUGAUGAUGAUGAUGAUGAUGAGGAGGAUGAGAAAGACAUACAGGAUGAAGAGGGAGAGGAGGAGGGCGAAGAAGAAACCAACUGUGUCGAAACCAAGGACGACGAGUCAACCCAGCCCGGUGAUGUUGCCUUGGAGACGGACGACCUGGAGCGUGGACUGGCCCGCAGCGAACCAAUGGGAGUGCGGGAGGAGCCGUUGGGAUGCGUGAACGGGAUACCGGAGGCAGACAACAAGGAGAACAACAGAACCACCGCUGAGGGGCCUCUGGCUGUUAGUCCAGUGCCUAAGGUUCGUUUAGUGGGGGGCUCAGAGUUCCUGAACGAGGACUCUAACAAGCUGGCCCCGGGGCUGAACGGUAAGCCUGGCCCCUGGAGCUUCGAGGAAUUCAUUGACCUGGGCGUCAACUCCAAGGGCCGUCCCCUCAUCGAUGCUGAUGGCCGCAACCAGGGCCUCAUCGACUGUGACGGGGCCCCCAAUGGACCCAGGGUGGCCUUCGAGGACAAGGGGACCCCCGUGUCCACCCUCCACCCCUCCAGUCAGCCCAUUGAAGCCCUGUCAGAGAUGUGAGGCUGCAGCUCUCCCUUCAGAGGCCUGUGAAUAUUGCACUUCCAGAGUUCUUGUCCAGCUGAGCUCCAGACCCCCUUACCCCCUCCACAUGUACACACCCGCCCUCAGCCAGAGGAAGAGCACAGGGGUUGAGGGGGGAACAGGGACUCCCAGAACGCUAACUUUGCACCCCCACCACAUGAAAAGAAAAACGUUUUUUUUUUUUAUAUAUAUAUCUAAAAAGAGAAACAAAGCUUCAGGGGAAAAUCUCUAUUCCUCCUUCAAUGUGCUCACUUCAAGGGCUCUCAUCCUCCCAUACUUACAACAGUUGACACUUGGUUAUUUUUAAAGUGUUGUUUUGUUCAUACUGUUGUUUUUUUAAGUGUUGUGCAGGGCGUGCGACGUAAUUUAUUAAUUUUUUGUCUUCGUUAAAUGUAAUUGCUGUUAUCUCAUGUCUAGUUUUAGGGGGGGUAGUCUGGUUUGAGAAUAUUCCAGGAUCUAUGUACAUAACACUUUGCUAUAUGAUCGCUAUGAGUUCAUUACUUCUCGUGUCAUGAGUGAGUCAGGAAACUCUAGUACUGAUUGGUGGGCUGGGGAACCUGGGUAUUGUAGUCUCUCAGGGUCUGCCUACAUGAUCCCUAAGUAACUCUAAUCCCAUCCUACCCAAAUUGUAAUCCGACCUAGAAUUCUGGAUUUGUCUGGGUCUGGUAAGGUCCUAUUCUCCCAUGGUUUACCCCUAUGCCCCAAAGGGCUGGUCAGAGCCCCUCCGCCUUCCCUUGCCAUCUCCCAGCAGUCCCUCACUCCUGCUCUUCUCCUUAUGGCCACACGGGGGCACUCAGAUCUAUGAAUCAAACAAAUGGUAUUAUGAAAUGACUGUUGCCUACUAACCUAAGGUAGCAGGCAUAAAAUAAAUGCCUGAGUGGGGUCGUAAGAAACCGGAAGCAUACGGCUUUCAAACUUCGCCUCUUCUCAGCUUUUCCCCUGAAAACCGGAUGCUUCCGGUUUCUUCCGGCACUGCUGAGGGUGGUUGCCUACUAUUUCAAAUUUACAAACUGAAGGAUGUAGGAAUUUGACAAAGCUGGUGAUUUAGUAAAUAUUUGAACUGUUGCUGUUAACUUUCGGUUCCUGGUCUUUAGGUUUAUGUCCUCAGAUCUUGACGUGUUAUGUUUUUACAUGUAUGUAGACUUAAUGUUCAACUAACUCAUAUCAAUUUUGAAUUUAAUUGCAUCCUGAGCGCUGAGGUAUAACUUGACCCCCAGCAAUGACUGCAUGAAUUUAUACACUUACCAUAUGAAUGGCUAUAGCCCGUAGCGGAUUAACGUGUGUGUGUGUAUGUUGGUUAAUUGCAGUCAGACGAGGUCCAUGAGUUUCAUUUUACGUCACUCUUUUCUAAGGGGUGUUCUAGUCCAGAAACUAACUUGAAUGGUUGGAAGUUUUCUCUUACGAUGCCCAAAGUUCCUUUUUCUAGGGCUAAAACACAGUUUUGACCUGGCUGUAGAUGUAUGGAGUGUCUCCUACAUUCGCUGUCUGUCUAGCUCGUUCCAUACAAAUUCCAGUGCUUCUCCACUAAGCUUCUAUGUUACUUCUCCUGGGAAAAAAAUAAUAAUUAUUGUUUCAAUUAUUUGUGUCAUAAUUUGGCCGUCUGUUUAUAUACAAUAUACGAAAAUAUAUUUCCUCAUAUUUAAGUGUUAUUGUAUUAUGUAUGUAAUCAGUAUUGGGCCAAUGCGUCUGUGGGUGGGGUACUGCGAAUGGAUGUUACUUUAUUUAAAUGUUGGUUCUAUUAGACUCGUGCCCUUUGCCAGGGUAGUCAGUGCUGUUACCCUAUGCUCUGUUCUAAAUUAAGCCCUGUCUCCUGCCCUCUAGGCACUUUAGUAGAUAUGGAUUGGUGUAAGCAAUAUGGUAACGAUUCCACAAGGUGAAGCUAUUAUAUUGCUUAUGCCUGUCAAAUGCUUACAAAGUGCCAAGGGAUAGGGACUAAGGGUUGGGGUGGAAUUGAGUCAGGUCCGGUUUUGGUGUUACCCAGGAGGCUACAGGAAACCCUCCUGUUCUCCAGUACUCUGAGCCUAGGGCAGGGGAUCCUCAUACUGUAGAGGGAAGAUGUCUGGGCACGUUGAUUGAGGGCAUUUUGUGAAGUUCUGACUUUCAUCCCCCAACCACCUCUGACAAUCGCCUUGGUCUCCGACAGGGGUGGACUGAGGGGUGGAAAUGUUUCAGUGCUUUAUCACAGUGUGAAAGUUUGCAGUCAUAUGGUGUCUGAAGGUUAACAUGAACUCUGACUACUGCGCCACACACUUCUCUGUAUAGCAGCAGUGUGACGGAGUGAGUCUACCACUAAAUGAUGGAGAUGGGAGAUGCGAUUUGGUCAGUCUUGUUCUUGUCUCGUUUAUGGGUUCUUUCAAAUCUGUGUCGAGAAGCUUGAAUUCCCUAUGCUUGAAUCGUCCAAACGGAGAGGUUUGGGGACCUUUGUUUUUUGCUUCAUAAUAAAUCUGUUGACUCUGUCACAUUUAAUAAACCAGAAGGUUUCUCUGAAAUAGCUUUAUAUUUUACAUACCUUAUGUCUGGACUUAGACCCAUGAGCUUAGCUUUGAGAAUGUAACUUUAACUAAACAAACAAGCCCUUAAUCAUUUAACAUGCUUCUCUUUCUGAGGAGAAACCUUUUUUUGUUUUCAUGUGCAACCAGUUUUAUUAUUCAUCACAACAUAAGACACUUUGCACUGUGGGAGGUUUUCCACUUCUUGAAAGGGUUGAAAAGCUUUCUAAAAUGAAUUACACAGGGUUGACUUGUCACCAAGAAGUAACUUUACUGUAUAGUCCUGUUCGAGAGGUGUGUGUGUGUGUGUGGUAUUCUGGAAAGAACGUUUUCUCUCUCCUCUCCGGUCUCCUCCCAUCCAGGCCUUUAAUGAACUCCCCUCCUUGACUUGACUAACCUUUUAUCUUUUCAAAGUGCAGGGGGUUGCUGUAGACCUGUUCAAUAUGAAACGCUUGUUCCUUGGUCAGGUCUACAUGUGCUUAGCUAGUGGCGCUGGCACAUCCAGUCACGGAUACUGUAGAUCGGACCAAUACAGGACAGUCGCUGCUUUAAUACUAGAAAUGUUCCAGGUCCUGUUAUGUUUUUUUAAUUCCGAUCCCUUUCUGCAUCUGUGGGCCUGAAUACAGAGCUAACUGUUCUUAAUUGAUCUCAUGAUUCAGUUGCUAUGACGGUAGAAUAGAAUGCCUUAGAUUGAGAAUAGGCUGUAUUUUUAUUUUAUAGUAAUUAAUAACUAAUCAAAUGUGUCACGUGUCCUUACGUCGGCCAUGACAAUCAUUCUAACGACCAGGGCUACAAUGUGAAUAUCAAUAGCUUUUUCAGACCCUAACCCAAGCCAUGUCCACAAAUUAUAUUUGUAAAUAUAUCUAAAGUGUUCUGAGAAGAUAUGAACUGUUAAAAUAAAGUUUUGCUAAAUAAAA